CAGUGCAGUUACAACAGAUAGAAGCUGAAGUCCUCAGGGUAACAGUCUCAAGAAACAAGACAAGAAGAAGUAGAGAAGAAGACAUGGCGGCGAAGUUCCACGAUCUCACGGCCAAGUUGCUGACAGGAGAAACUUUUAAUUUCUCCUCUCUUCUGGGUAAAGUUGUCCUCAUCGAGAAUGUUGCAUCUCUCUGAGGUACGACCACCAGGGAUUACACCCAGAUGAACGAGCUCCACGAGCGCUACUCCAGCAAGGGGCUCGUUAUCCUGGGUGUUCCCUGCAACCAGUUCGGCCAUCAGGAGAACUGCAAGAAUGAAGAAAUCCUGCAGUCUCUGAAGUACGUCCGUCCUGGGAACGGCUUUGAGCCAAAAUUCCAGCUCCUGGAGAAGGUGAACGUGAAUGGUAAGGACGCCGAUCCUCUGUUCGUGUUCCUGAGAGAGAAGCUCCCGUUCCCCAGCGACGACCCGACCUCCCUGAUGACCGACCCCAAGUGCAUCAUCUGGAGCCCCGUCUGCAGGAACGACGUGGCCUGGAACUUUGAGAAGUUCCUCAUCGGGCCUGACGGGGUGCCCUUCAAGCGCUACAGCAGGAGGUUCCUGACGUCCGACAUCGAGGGAGACAUCAAGAAGCUCUUGAGCCAGGCACACUAACGAACCGUCCGAUCAGGUGCCGUUCCACCAGUCCACGACAUUCCCACGACGUCACCAGUGCUCCCCUGUACACCAUGACUGUGUUCUCUUCUUCUACUACAUGAAGACAUCCUCUGAAACCAGCUCAGCUGUGAGGAGGUUGUCUGAUCCAAUGUAAAAGUCAGAACCUGGCAGUUUCAUCGUGUCCACACGGAGCACUGUUGAGUUUUAAAUCACUGGGGAGAAAUAAAUGUUUUUUCCUUCAUAAAAACCA